AUGUCGAAUUUCGAGCCCAAUGCCGUGAUCCGUGGCUUCCAGCUUACCGUCGUAGGAACUGUCCGGGCUUUAACAAAUCCCGAACUUUUCAAGUAUGAGCACUUCCGGCAAGCAGCCCUAGCUAUAGCCGUUGGUAUCAUUACCCAGUUGAUUAUUCAAAUUCCGAUUAUCGCCCUCAAGUUCGUCUUGUACAUGCUAUCAUGGGUUAUCAACCUGGAUCAUGCCACCUGGGAUGAUAAGCUCCUUGAUGGCUUGGAUUUCCUGUCAAAGUCCGUCCUCCAGGUGCCGUUUCUGCUGAUGACUUUCAUGGGAUACGUCACUCCCACUCUGGAUGAGAUCUUCAUGGAGUCAAUCCAAUGGGUGGACACGACAUACAUCCAGAAGCACAAAUCCGACGAUCCGCACAACCUUCGGGCCAUGUACUAUCCUCCCUUGGUGAUGUUCCCUACCAAGGGCGGCGCUCGUUCGUCACGGCCCAUGUCGGAAGCCGUAAUGGCUUUCGUACAUCGUUACGCCAAGAGGAUGGGAAUGCUUCUUGGAAUCUACCUGCUGUCACUGACCCCUAUCGUUGGUCGGUUUGUGAUGCCUGCGGCUAGUUUCUACACGUUCCGGAAACACGUCGGUACGGCACCCGCCGCUGCUAUCUUCGGUGCUGGUCUUAUCUUGCCCAAGGCGUUCAUCGUCAGGUUCCUUCACACUUAUUUUGCAUCCAGAAGUCUGAUGCGAGAGCUGCUCGAACCAUACUUCCGUCGCAUUAAGUUUACUCCUGAGCAAAAGCGUCGCUGGUUCCGUGACCGGGAGGGUGUUCUGUUCGGGUUUGCCUUUGGCUUCACCGUUGUGUUGAAACUUCCAUUCAUCGGCGUUCUCAUGUACGGAGUUGCCGAGGCAUCCACCGCGUAUCUGGUCACCAAGAUCACCGAUCCACCGCCUACCCCUGCGGAAAGCGAAGGCUUCGCAGAGAGCCAGGUGACGUGGAAAAACAAGCACGAUUUCCUCCAGCUGUCGUUGGAUAGUAUCGAUAAACUCAACGUUGUUCUCGACGAGAAGGAUGCUCAGGGCAACUCUAGCUCCGCAGGCAAGAAGUUCUCUUGA